UUUGCUAGCAUUGAUUGUUUUUAUCACAUUUUUUAUCUUUUGUCACAUGAGCAAAUCACUCUAAAAAGAAAAAAAAGGAUGGUUCCUGUACAUACCCUGUUUUAUCCUCUUUUGGUCUUUGUAACCACAAUCACAGCAGCUUCUUUUUACCUUUUUAUGAAAAAACCAGAGCUUAUAGUGCAUUAUUACUUAAGAAUGACAGUUUUAUGGAGUGGAAUGAAAAUUAAGUAUAUUACUUUAAAUGGGAGAAAAGUUUGUUAUGGGGAGAAAGGACAUAAACAGAAAGGAAGAUCUAGCAUUGUACUUCUUCAUGGGUUCUCAGCUGACAAAUCAAUGUGGGCACCUCUUGUUAAAAAUCUCCCCAGUGAUCUUCAUGUCAUUGCUUUAGAUCUCCCUGGAAACGGAGAAAGCGAGACCCCAGUGGAGGGCACCGACUUGUCAUUGGAAGGACUUAUCAGCAUGGUACACCAGAUAAUAGAGAUUUUAGGGAUGUCAGGGGAUCCUAUACAUAUAGUUGGUCUGUCUAUGGGAGGUGCUAUAGCAGGCCUGUAUGCUGCUGAGUAUCCACAGGUUGUGGACAGGGUGACCAUGAUGUGUCCUGCCAUGAGAACUCCUGAACAGACCUCUGUUGCCAUGGAGAUACAGAAAGCUGUAGAAUCAGGAGACGAGGACACAAUAUUAAAAGACUGCCCUCUUUUUCCUCAGAGCCCAGAUGAAAUGCAGUAUUUGUUAGAUUUUGCACAGUAUCAUAAGAGUAGCUUUAUUCCAAAACAGAUUCUGCAGGGAGUAAUUGAUAUGAGGAAGCAGUACCAUGGCUUUUAUCUUAAAUUAUUAAAGGGCCUUGCAGAAGAAGGAAAUGCAACAUUACUAGAAAGAACAGCCCCAAGAAUAAUGGUACCCUCCCACAUUGUGUGGGGACAAGAAGAUCAGGUUGUCCAUGUUUCUGGUGCCAGUGUACUAAGGGACAAACUGCCCAACUGUCAAAGAGUGGACAUCAUUCCACGCUGUGGUCAUGCAAUCAAUCUGGACAGGCCAGGAUCUAAGACAAAAGCUCUUCUCAGCUUUAGGGGAGAGUACUCCAAGAAAAACACGUAAUCAAAAGCUUGCUGUGAUAUCAUUUAAUGACAAAAAAAUUCAUGUUUCUCAGGUGUUGUUUUAAUCUAGUCAAGAUAACAGAAUGAUUUAUGGUAAUUUUUAGAAUUUUAUUUUAGAGAAUUUUAUACAAAAAUGUUUUACAUAUAUUCCAUCUUGAUCUCAUUUUAAUUUUAAAACUUAACAAUAUAUUGAUAGGUUGAUUCUUUUUGAUCAUGUAAAUUUCAUAAUAGUUGUAUGUUCUAUAUGAACUGUACAAACCAAACUUGCAUUGAUGGUGUAUCUAAAGAAGCAAAAUACCAAUCAUUCUGCAGAUAAAUGCAUGUGACCGACAUAUUUUUAGAUUAAAUGUUGAGUUCUAUUAUGUUUUUUUGCAGUUAAAUUUUUCCAAAUAACUUCAGGUUUAAUCUUGAUUUGUAUGAAAGAUAUAAU